AGGGGGCUUUUAUCUGUGGUCACCUGGAAAAAGCCAUGUAAGAUCCCUGGCUUGUCAAGUAUUCGAUUCAAUAAGCAUCCAUCCAAAUUUGUAACGCAGCGCAAUUUAUCCUGGAGGACAUUCAAGAAGGAGACGCUGGAGUAAAAGAGGAUAAAACAGUUGGAAAAAGUUUCUGUGAAGUGUGAAGUGCGUCCCGGAGCUUCAUGGACACGCUCAGAAGUCCCCAAACCGCCUCCAGAAGAAGAAACCCCCACAAGUUCAGCACCAAGGAUAUCUCCAGCCAGUUUUGAUGUCAGGUGAAGGUGAAGUCAGACUGACGGAGGUUUUAUCUUUAGCCAGGUAACGGACUGAAACAGCUUUACUUUCUGUUCGGUGCGUCUUUGCGCUGCGGGGAGGCAUGAGUGGAGGUCGCUUUGAGUUUGACGACGGCGGAGCUUAUUGCGGAGGCUGGGAGGGAGGCAAAGCGCACGGCCAUGGCAUCUGCACCGGACCCAAAGGCCAGGGCGAGUUCUCCGGCUCCUGGAACUACGGCUUCGAGGUAGUGGGAGUGUACACCUGGCCCAGCGGCAACACCUACGAGGGGUACUGGUCGCAGGGGAAGCGCCACGGUCUGGGAGUAGAAACCAAAGGACACUGGAUUUACAAAGGGGAAUGGACUCAUGGCUUCAAAGGCAGAUACGGGAUCCGGAUCAGUGCUGGCAGCGGAGCAAAGUAUGAAGGAACAUGGAAUAAUGGGCUUCAGGAUGGAUACGGAACAGAAACAUACGCGGAUGGAGGUACCUUCCAGGGUCAGUUCACUGGCGGGAUGCGGCACGGCUAUGGCGUCCGUCAGAGUGUCCCUUAUGGCAUGGCAGCAGUCGUCCGCUCCCCUCUUCGUACCUCCCUGACCUCCCUGCGCAGCGAGCACAGCAACGGCACCGUAUUGCAGCAAGACAUCCCCAUCAUCACCACCACCAACGCCUCAGGUGAGGAGACACCCGUCGCCACCCCUACCCAGCUGGGGCCGUCCCGUGGAGGCUUCGCCCUCACUCUCCAGGUGGACCCAGAGGCUGUGAAACCCAAGAAGAAGGGCCUGUUUCGCAGGGGCUCCCUGCUGGGUAAGCUGAAGAAGUCCGACUCGAGCACCUCACUGUCCAGCCAGAAGAGCAAGAUCAGCUUCCUGAGGACAGAAUCAGCUCUCAGCUCCAACGCCAGCGACACCAACUCCACCAUCAGCAUCGGGGACGAGAGCCUGGCCGGGGCCGAGGAUUUCCCACCUGUGGAGGCCGACAUCGACGCCACCACCACGGAGGUCUACAUGGGCGAGUGGAAGAACGACAAGCGCUCAGGAUAUGGAAUAAGCGAAAGGUCCAGCGGGCUGAAGUACGAGGGCGAGUGGCUGAACAACCAGAGACACGGCUACGGCUGCACCACCUUCGCCGAGGGAGGGAAGGAGGAGGGCAAGUACAUGAACAACAUGCUGGUGAAGGCCAUGAAGAAGAGGGUGAUCCAGCUGAAGGGAACCAAGAUCAAGCACAAGGUGGAGCGGGCGGUGGAGGGUGCUCAGAGGGCCGCAGCCAUCGCCAAGCAGAAGGCGGAGAUCGCUGCUUCCAGGACGUCCCAUUCAAAGGUCAAGUCAGACGCAGCUGAUCAGGCCGCUCAGGCCUCCAACAGUGAGUCCAGCAUCGCCAGACUGGUGGCCAAAGAGCUCUCCCCUUCCUUCUACCAGCCAGGUCCUGAGUAUCUGAAGAAGAGGGUGUUACACGAGGCCAUGGAGGGCAGCGAGAACACAGACAUUGUCAUGCACGAGCCGCUGCUGGCUGAGGAGGAGCCCCUGCCCACGCCGCCCGAAAGCCCGCUCAUGAAUGAACUGGACAGCCUGAUGCCUGGCUCAUCCCCAGGCCGCACCCCCUCCCCCAGCCCAGGCAUCAUCAGCAAGGAAGAUCCCAAACUCCUCAGUCCAGGAAGCUGGAAUGAAGACAAAGCCAGUAAAGGUGGUGGCAGUAAGGGUAGCAGUAAGCCCAACAGCAAGCCCAAUAGCCGCCCCACCACCCCUUCAACCUCCACUUCUGCUCCCGCCACGGCUGCACCUGAGGGCGGUGGGGCUCCCAGUAGUCAUGGCCCCUCUCGCACGCCCAGCCGUCAGAGCAACAAGAACGAGCAGGGCUCUGACCUGGAGAUCAAGCCCCUGCAGAAGUUUGACUCCGAGGCAAAAGCUCCAGACGUCACUCCUGCCGCUGCUGCCCCUGUAAGGAAUAGCCUCAUCGCUCCAGAUGAAGAAGAAGCACCGCGCCCCACCUCCAAAGUGUCCACCAAAGCUGUCACCCCCGAACCUAAACCCACUGAGGUCAAACCUGAAAGAGCUCCAUCAGUCCACGAACGAGCACCGUCCGUCUCUGAGAACAAAGUGGAGUCCAGGGAGGCGAGCAGGCCAUCCAGCAAAGCAGAGACAAAGCCACUACCAAAACGCCAACCCAGCCCGGCUCCGUUCCCAAAACCUGCACCCAGUCUUGAACCUAAAACAGUACCAAAGCAAGUGGAAGCCAAAGCCGUUGUUGCCAAACCAGCCACGAAGGUGGAUCCCAAAGCAGAAGCCAGACUGAAGGCGAUGGUGUCGAGCCCAAGCAAUGAGGUGACUGCAGAGUCUUUGGAACUGGAGGGCCCAAACACCAUAAUGAUCUGCAUGGUUAUCCUGCUCAACAUCGGCCUGGCCAUCCUCUUCGUACACAUCUUGUCAUGAGACAUUGUCCACCACCUCAGGUCACCAGCAGUGAUGCAGAGGGAUGGCCUGCCUCCUCCUCGGUUAGGACCAGAGAUCGAAGAGACGGCUAAGGAGAAAAAGACAGCUCCUCUCAUGGUUUUUGUUGGUGUGACUGUGUGAGGCUCUGUGGAGCUCCUCUGUUCCCAGAGGUUUGUCAAACUGAAGGACGGUACAUGAAUAUGAUGAUGUUUGUAUGUUGAAGUCGGGCCUGGAUGGUAGAGCAUGUUCUGAAGAAACAGGGUGGUGCUCACAGUGUGUCAGAACAUUUUACAAAAGAGGCUUUUAACUCAGUCCUGAACUGGCACACACUGGCUGGCUCUCACAACACCAGAGUCAGGCAGAUUAGACUGUAGAUAAAUACAAUUUGUCACAACAUAUGUUUGUUUGUAUCACGUAAUCGCCGGCUGAAGGAAUGUGAACAUACGCAGACUGAAUAUUCUCUCCACUAUACCUUAAACUUGAUUGUCGAGAGAAAGACGACUGCAGCAGACGUGUUAGGGAUUGUCACUAUCAUUCUUUUAAUUAUCUGCAAUGUGGUUAAAAAGCUGAAAAAUGUGUGUGUGUCAGUUGUAUGAAGAAAAUACUGCUAAAACACUGCAAAAAGACAAGUCAUAGUUUUCAUCCUGUUGCUCUUCAGUCUCUCAAAGAAGACUCCACCAUUUGUCACAUUUCGGCUAAUUACAUCCUGCAAAAUCUGUAUUUGAGACUGUGGUGUUCUACACUGUGAAAUGUCCUGUUCUCACUGGGAUUUACAUGCAUUUAUGUCAUUCUGCUGCUUUGGUUUGGGGGCUGAUGAACCAAAUAGAGAAGGAAAAUAGGAAGCUUUUGAGUGUCACUGCUAUUGCGUAAGUCCUGUCUGUUCCUGUGCUGUUUAGCACCCAGGUGGUUUUAAAUGUGAGUUGUGUAUGUUUUGCAAUAGGAGAAGCGAGCAGGAAAUGAAGGCUGGGAUUGAUCUUAUUUGAAACAAUCACUGCAUGUUGCAGUGAGGUUGCUCGAGCCGCUGGUUUAUAUUGGCAGCAGCAGGAGCUGGGUCGGGAUGUUUGCCUGUGAGCUAGCGUAGCGUUCAUGGUUUCAUGUAUGUUUCAGUGCAGAAAACUGUCCACACUCUUCCACAGCAUUAUAUUCAGGGCCUGUUGUGUUUUACAGCCAAAUAUGAGUUCAACUUUUGUACGCAUGAGGGCACUUUGUGUGUAUGUGUCUGUAUUUUUGUACCAUUUUGAAGUGCACAUCUUUUCAGCAUUCAAAAUAUUCUGUCGUAGGAUUUUUGUCAGAGGAAAUAUGCAACCCUAAAUUUAUUUAUUUCCCAAAGGAGUCAGAUUACCUCGUGACUGUGAGAUGGAGAAAAAUAUAGAAUGAUUCUAAACUCCAUGUCUUACAUUGACAAGAGCACUCUCCAGAAGUGCUGUUUAGUAGUUCUGCCUUGUUCUUUUACCCAUCACUGUUUGGGAUUUAAGAGGAGCAAAGAGUGUUUAGCUAAAGUCAUUUCGCCUUUGAGUUUGAAAAUUAGCGUACAGACUAGUGGUCGUGCAUUGUUUUAAUGCCAAAACUGAAAAUCUACAAGCAAUUUACAAAAAUCUAGUUUUAAUGAAUCUCCCAUGAGCUCAUAUUUGGAAUACAUGUUUGGCAGAUACUUUAUUCUGAAUCUACCGAUGCAUUAAUGAAUAACAGGAGAGACAAAUCGGCAGAUGAACUGGAUGCUUGGUUCAAUAAACUGUAUUCAUGUAGGUCAGUGUCAUGUAGAAGCCAUUUUUUGUCUGUUUUUGUGCAUUAAUGAAAUCAAAUAACUGCUGAAUUUGAAGAAAUGGAGUUGUGUAGCCAAACUUGGUCAAAAUUACAACAAAAUUAAGUAAAAACUUUUACAACA